AUGACUGACUGUAAGCCAUGCACUACCCCCGUUGACACCGCUUCCAAAUUGAACGCCAAUGAUGGCCCAUUAUUAACCGAUGAUUUCCUUUACCAAAGCCUGGUGGGUGCUCUUCAAUACUUAACUUUUACUCGCCCGGACAUCUCCUAUGCGGUUCAGCAAGUCUGCUUGUUCAUGCACUCUCCUCGUGAACCACAUUUUACGUUUUUGAAGCGUAUUCUUCGGUACAUCAAAGGGACUUUGGAUCAUGGAUUGCGUCUCACAGUAUCUCCUCCAUCUUCGCUUAUUGCUUAUUCCGAUGCAGACUGGGCGGGCUGCCCCGACUCUCGGCGUUCUACAUCCGGGUAUUGUGUCUUUCUAGGAAACAAUCUCAUUUCAUGGUCUUCUAAACGGCAGCCUACGGUUUCAAGAUCGAGUGCUGAAGCUGAAUAUCGUGGUGUUGCGAAUGCAGUCGCAGAGACUAGUUGGUUACGUAACCUAUUAUUCGAACUUCAUGUUCCUAUCACUCGUGCCACUAUUGUUUAUUGUGAUAACAUAUCUGUUGUUUACUUAUCGGACAACCCCGUUCAACAUCAACGCACAAAACACGUUGAGCUUGAUAUUCAUUUUGUUCGUGAAAAGGUUCAACUGGGUCAAGUCCGUGUCCUACAUGUACCAGCCUCCUAUCAGUUUGGUCAUCAAAUAAGGAAGAUUGUCAAUGAUGAAAUACCUCCUCGCAGGCAGACCCUAAUGUAUAGUGCCACCUGGCCGAAAGAAGUGAGGAAAAUAACUGGUGAUCUUUUGGUCAAUCCUGUUCAGGUCAACAUUGGCAAUGCAAACGAGCUUGCUGCAAAUAUGUCUAUUACGCAUGGAGCACAUGGUUGUAUGGCUGAUGAUGAUGGUUGUAGAAGAGGGAUAUAG